AGCGCACGGAAUUGGAUGAACGGGCUUGCACACUGGCACCAUAUAAAUUUCGCCCCUUGGUUUGGAAAAGAGACCAGUGUAAAGAAGGUCCUUCGAGCGGUUGACAAAGAUAACAAAUUCUCUCGCCCGCCCCGCGGCCCUGUUUCCAUCACCCAUAUGCGCGCAAUCCGCGAUAGCCUUGACCUGGCAUCUCCGCGAGGAGCCGCGUUCUGGGCUUUGGCUUGCGCCGCUUUCUGGGGUUGCCGGCGCCUGGGCGAGUUGACGCUGGCCACCAAAACCUUCGAUCCCAAGCAUGAUGCCUCUCGAUCGGCACCCAUCUCGCGCUCAACCCGAGCGGGCCGGGAAGUCCUCUCUAUUCACCUCCCUUGGACCAAGACCACGGGCUGCGCUGGCGGCACACUGAUCCUGACCGCCACGAACGACGAUCUUUGCCCAAUCCGAGCUUUUGAUAACCACACGGCGGUAAACCACUCCCCAGAACACGAGACUCCACUUUUUGCCUUCCGCGACGACUCACCCCGGGCACCCGGACCUUGGCUUCCAGUCGUUAAGACAGCGUUCCUUUCCUUCAUCAGUUCCAUUUUCCGGGCGGCGAAUCUGGAGCAGGUCUUCGGACACAGCUUCCGUAUCGGCGGGCGGUUGGACAUCUACCUGUUUCCUCAUAUAUUGGCGGAAGUUGGAGUCCGUCAUCCCUGUGGCACUUUCUCGGGCUUGGGACACAAGCAGGAAGGCUUUUUUGUGCGCGGAACGGGGUAG